AUGUCAAUAUCAUGUCCGAAAUGCGGGAAAGUAUUCAGCAAGGAGUCCAGCAUCACUCGUCACCUCAGUCAGCCUCGAUCAUCGUGUCAUAGUUCCAUUCGCGACAUGGUGGACAUUUCUCAGUUUGCAGAGUCAGCUCUACAAUUACGGCAGUCCCCCAAUCCAAUUCCUCACCAUGGUAUAAAUUUGGAUGCAUAUCCUUCGCAUUUUGAUGUCGACUUCUUCGAGACAGAGGGAGAGGAAUACAUGAGUGCGGAGGAACGGUACGAAGGCGCAGGGACUUGUUACUCUCCAGACGGCCUGAUGUUCUUGGAUCUUUUUGACGCGGACGAGUAUGCAGAAUACAGAAAGGAUAAUCUAUUCUAUCCUUUUGCAUCAAAAGAGGAAUGGGAAAUCGCUGAUUUUCUCCUUCAUUCUCCUCUUAGUAUGGCUGCAAUCAAUGAAUUUCUAGCGCUUCCAAUGUCUCUUAUCCUUCUCAUCCGCAGAUUGAAGCUGUUGUUCAGUACCACUCAAGAAUUGCGAAGCCGAGCCGAGAUGCUACCCAAGGGACCAAGCUGGAAGUGUCAAAUCAUCCCAUCUCUCCAUCACACCAAAAAUCCAAUCCAACUUUUUUGGAGGGAUCCGGUCGAAUGUUUAGAAGCCCUCUUCAGCAACCCCCUUUUCCACGACAAGCUUGAUUUUGUUCCUCGUCGCGUGUACACAACUGCAGCACGGCUUACCCGCGUUUAUUCGGAGUGGCUGACAGGCGAUUCUGCUUGGGAGUUCCAGAGUCAAGUGCCCAGAGGCGCUACAAUUCUUGGCACAAUCCUUUCUUCCGACAAAACAAAUAUCACCACUAUGACUGGCGCUAGGGUUGCUCAUCCGCUCCUUCUCGGUCUCGCUAAUAUCCGCAUGCAAACUCGCAUGAAACUCUCAUCCAGGGCUUUCCUACUCACAGCACUCCUCCCUAUCCCGCAGUACUUACACCCUAAUCAAUGGAUGUGA